AUGUGUCUAGAAUAUGGGAAAAUUAGACAGGAUCCAAAUGAAGAUACAGAGUGGAAUGAAAUCCUAAGAGACUUUGGCAUUCUUCCCCCAAAAGAAGAGCCGAAAGAUGAAAUUGAAGAAAUGGUUUUACGUUUACAGAAAGAAGCAAUGGUUAAACCAUAUGAGAAGAUGAGUCUUGCACAGUUGAAGGAAGCUGAAGAUGAAUUUGAUGACGAAGAUAUGCAAGCUAUUGAAAUAUAUAGAGAAAAGCGCAUGCAGGAAUGGAAAGCCCUUAGGAUAAAACAGAAAUUUGGAGAAUUAAAAGAAAUUUCUGGAAAUCAGUAUGUGAAUGAAGUCACAAAUGCUGACAAGGAUGUGUGGGUUAUAAUUCAUCUGUAUAGAUCAAGCAUCCCAAUGUGUUUGUUGGUUAACCAUCAUCUCAGUCUCCUAGCGAGAAAGUUUCCUGAAACUAAAUUUGUUAAAGCCAUUGUGAACAGCUGUAUUCAGCAUUACCAUGACAACUGUUUACCAACCAUUUUUGUUUAUAAAAAUGGUCAGAUAGAAGGAAAAUUCAUCGGAAUUUUAGAAUGUGGAGGCAUAAAUCUCAAGGUAGAAGAACUUGAAUGGAAGCUAGCAGAAGUUGGAGCAAUACAGACUGAUUUGGAAGAAAACCCCAAAAAAGGCAUUGUAGAUGUGAUGGUAUCUUCAAUUAGAAACACUUCUAUUUAUGAAGAUAGCAAUAGCUCCAACAGUGAUAAUGAGGAUGCCAAAUAGGGCUAUUUAAUAAAUAGCUUU